AUGUCGACCCUCCGCAUUGUCAACAAUCUCGGGGCUCUAUAUCGAGCCCAAGGAAAGCUUGACCAGGCAGAGCAGAUGUACGAACAAGCGCUAGCUGGGUUCGAGAAAGUGCUUGGAGCGGAACAUAUGUCGACGCUCAGCAUUGUCAACAAUCUCGGGGCUCUAUAUCGAGCCCAAGGAAAGCUUGACCAGGCAGAGCAGAUGUACGAACAAGCGCUAGCUGGGUUCGAGAAAGUGCUCGGAGCGGACCAUAUGUCGACGCUCAGCAUUGUCAACAAUCUCGGGAAUCUAUAUCGGGACCAAGGAAAGAUGGACCAGGCAGCGCGGAUGUACGAACAGGCGCUAGUUGGGUUCGAGAAAGUGCUCGGAGCGGAUCACACGUCGACCCUCGACACUAUCAAUAAUCUCGGGGUACUAUAUCAAGACCAAGGGAAGCUAACCCAGGCAGAGCCGAUGCACCAGCGGGCGCUAGCUGGGUUCGAGAAAGUGCUCGGAGCGGACCAUAUGUCGACCCUCCGCAUUGUCAACAAUCUAGGGCAUCUAUAUCGAGCCCAAGGAAAGCUGGACCAGGCAGCGCGGAUGUACGAGCAGGCGCUAGCUGGGUUCGAGAAAGUACUCGGAGCGGACCAUAUGUCGACGCUCAGCAUUGUCAACAAUCUGGGUGUUCUAUAUCGAGCCCAAGGAAAACUGGACCAGGCAGAGCCGAUGCACCAGCGGGCGCUAGUUGGGUUCGAGAAAGUGCUCGGAGCGGACCAUAUGUCGACCUUCCGCAUUUUCAAUAAUCUCGGGAAUCUAUAUCGGGACCAAGGAAAGAUGGACCAGGCAGCGCAGAUGUACGAGCAGGCGCUAGCUGGGUUCGAGAAAGUGCUCGGAGCGGACCACACGUUGACGCUCAGCAUUGUCAACAAUCUCGGUGUUCUAUAUCGAGCCCAAGGAGAGCUGGACCAGGCAGAGCAGAUGUACAAGCGGGCACUAGCUGGGUUCGAGAAAGCGCUCGGAGCGGACCAUAUGUUGACCCUCCGCACUGCCGGAAAUCUCGGGAAUCUAUAUCGGGACCAAGGAAAGAUGGACCAGGCAGCGCAGAUGUAG